GCGCCGGCGGCAUCCCGGCCCCUCCGCGCCUCAGCGACCCCACCGGCCUGGGCCGCGGUGUCCCGGGAGGCCGCACCGGUGCGCCGACGGGCGAGGGCGGACCGCGGGCCAGUAUGUGCUGUAGUCUGCAUGUCAGGAGGCAGGCAGUCCGAAUCUGAUAAAGGAGCCAAGAAGGGGAACAUCAAAUUCAGUCACAGUCCUCCACUCAAUCAGAGCUACAUUUCUCUUCCUGCGUUUCCCACUUCUGGGGGUAGAGUUUACAUUCAAGAGGAAAUAAUCCAGAAAAAGAAGAACAAGCAGACCAAGAUGUGUAGCUCUGUGGCUGCCAAGUUGUGGUUUUUGACAGAUCGUCGCAUCAGGGAAGAUUACCCCCAAAAAGAGAUCCUACGGGCUUUGAAGGCUAAGUGUUGCGAGGAGGAGCUGGACUUCAGGGCUGUGGUGAUGGAUGAGGUGGUGCUGACAGUCGAACAAGGGAACCUGGGUCUGCGGAUCAAUGGAGAACUCAUCUCUGCCUACCCCCAGGUGGUGGUCGUGAGAGUCCCCACCCCUUGGGUGCAGAGUGAUAGUGACAUCACUGUUUUGCGUCAUCUGGAGAAGAUGGGCUGCCGAUUGAUGAACCGACCUCAAGCCAUCCUGAAUUGUGUAAAUAAAUUCUGGACAUUUCAAGAGUUAGCUGGCCAUGGUGUUCCUCUGCCAGAUACUUUCUCUUAUGGUGGCCAUGAAAACUUUGCUAAAAUGAUUGAUGAAGCGGAAGUACUGGAGUUCCCAAUGGUAGUGAAGAAUACACGGGGUCAUAGAGGCAAAGCUGUUUUCUUGGCACGAGACAAGCACCACUUGGCUGAUCUAAGCCAUCUUAUUCGCCACGAAGCACCAUACCUGUUUCAGAAGUACGUGAAGGAGUCUCAUGGACGGGAUGUUCGUGUCAUUGUCGUGGGAGGCCGUGUUGUUGGCACUAUGCUACGUUGUUCCACAGAUGGGAGAAUGCAAAGCAACUGCUCACUAGGUGGUGUGGGAAUGAUGUGCUCACUCAGUGAACAAGGGAAGCAGCUAGCUGUCCAGGUGUCCAAUAUCCUGGGAAUGGAUGUGUGUGGCAUUGACCUGUUGAUGAAAGAUGACGGCUCUUUCUGUGUCUGCGAGGCCAAUGCAAAUGUAGGUUUCAUCGCCUUUGAUAAGGCUUGUAAUCUAGAUGUAGCUGGUAUCAUAGCGGACUAUGCCGCCUCCCUUCUGCCCUCUGGCCGGCUCACCCGGCGUAUGUCCCUGCUCUCCGUGGUGUCCACGGCCAGUGAGACUAGUGAGCCGGAGCUGGGUCCCCCUGCCAGCACUGCUGUCGACAACAUGAGCGCAAGCUCCAGCUCUGUCGACAGCGACCCUGAAAGCACGGAGCGAGAGCUGCUCACCAAGCUCCCAGGGGCCCUGUUCAACAUGAACCAGCUGCUAGCCAAUGAGAUCAAACUCCUGGUGGAGUGACUGCCAGUCAGGAAUUAACCAAUAAAACCCUUGUAAAAUUUUCUUUUCAGUUUUUUUUUUUUUCCUUUUUUUAACCAACUUGCAAUGCUGUUCAUGGAAGAUGCUUAGGAGAAUGAGAGAAAAUUGGUAGGCUUAGUUAGAAGAAGGGGGAAUAAAUGUUACUCUGCUAGUAACUUACUGACUUUCAUUACAGAUGCUAUACAGAGGCAGAAGCAGUUAUAAAAGAGUCAAGCUCUCAUAGUUAACUUUUAAAUUACUACAAAAUUUGUAUGCUCUCAGGCCACGCCAUGAGGAGCGUGAACAUUUUGUUCAUGGUCCCUUGCUUUUGUUUUUAUAUGAAAAAUGUUUGGGUACAAAUACCUGAUAGCAUAACUUUACAUUGUAUUGUGAGAUCUGUAAAGAGUGGAGAAAACAUCUACCUAAAUUACAGGAACUUUUAUAGACAAAUCUGAAAAUUCUGACAUUUCACUGUUAGCAGCUUUAGUUCUUAGUAGUUUAUGAAAUCUCAAAGGGCUCUUAUUGGGAUUUCUCAUUUUUGUGUUUUGUCUUUGUUUUUUCUCUUAAUCUGGGUGGGAGGGAAAAGUGAAUAUAACCCAAUAAAGGCUUUUUAAUGACAAAAUUGGCAUGUUUGCAUGAUGAAAGGAAAUGAACAGUAUUGCAAUGUCUGGUGUACAAAAUGACAUUUACUCAAUGUAGAUAAAGUUACUCUAGUUUGAAAUAUGUGCAUUGACUCGUGUGUGUUAGUGCUUUAGUCUUUUUGAAAGAUAUAUGCUCUGUUAAUGUUGCUUUUUUUAAUACAUGCUAGUCUAACUUUCCCUGCUCUAUGCCUGCAUCUUUAACAAUGGCCAAAGUGAGAAAAAUGCAACCUUUUUGUUAACAAGACACUGACUUGAAACAUGUACAUUUAAAGCCUUUUCUUUUUUCUUUCUGUGGUUGGACAUUUAAAGAAUAAGGACAAGGAAAAAUAUUUUUAGGGGACAAGUCAAGGGCCUAUAAGUUCUUAAGUACACAACUGAAGUUGCUUCUGAUGCCAGCAUUAUGUAUUUGCAUUUUUCACAUCUUCCAAGGGAGUGUAUAUAUGUGUGUGUGUGCACGCAUGCAUGUGUAUAUGGUUUGCUUUUUGUUUAUACCAGCCAAACAAAAAAAGAUAGAUUCUAGAGAAUAGAGCAUGACAGGGAACAGUUUUUUUAUUUUAAAAAGCAGAUGAGUUGUUUUCAUGACUUACACUCCCCUGGCGUAGAGAUAAUUACCUGAAGACAUAAGGAGAAUAGAUGUUUCAUUAUGUAUUUGUAUGAUGUUUGAUUUUUUUGUUUUGUGACUGUUCCAUGUAUGAUUUAUUCAAGGCCAUAUGCUUUCCUUCAGUGCUUAUGGCUAUGCAUUCUCUCUCUUUUUGCACAUAGGAUUUGGGGUGGGUGGCCUUGUUUUUGGUUUGGGAAUUUAUUUAGCAGUACUGAGUCUCAUAUAGCCCUACUUUUAAGCCUUCAAUACUGACUACUCUUUAUAUUCCUUUAUUUUCUGAAUUUAUAAAAGCCCCAUACUGCAUACGAGCCUUUAAAAUAUGGAUAAUAACUAUUCCAGUGAUGGGUUUGCAAGGUGUGUUAAGAAAUGGAGGUACUACAGAGCUCAACAUAAUUUUUUAAACAGCAAGUUCUGUCUCCCCUACAAAUCCUCUGAAGCUUUUACCCAAGCCCUUUCUUGCCUCUUCAGUGCUAUUUUCCUUCAGGUGGACCUUAACAUAAUUUCUUGGACAUACUAUGUAGAGAAACUUUGAGGCAAUAAUAAAAGGUCAGUAUUCACCAGAUCUAACAGAGGUUUGAUCAUGCUUACUUGUACAGUUUUCCCCUCAUUUAAAAAAGGCAUGUAAUAAACUUGGUUUUUUUCUGUAGAUUUAAGUAAUAUUAAAAUUGAGUGAAAGGUU